AUGGAGCGACCGGCGGAGGAGGUGGCGGGGGCGAUCCACCGGAUCGUGCAGAACGCGGACCUGCCGCUGCAGGCCGCCACUAUCCGCCGCGUCUUCGCGCCCUCCGCGCUGCUAAAUCAGCCACUGCUCGCGUGCCGCUCCGCCGCUGCAAUUGAAAACCUCCUCUGGCUGCGUAGCGUCACGGCAAUCUAUUGGUACUUCACCGUCGCUGACAUCAUCUACGACGUCACGCGCCCGGAUCGCCUGGCGAUGCGCGGCACGCUGUGCGUGCGGCCGUGGCUCGCGCCGCUCACCACGCGCCAGCUGCAAAUGGUGGCCGUGCUGCGCCUCGAACCGCACGAGGAACGCGUCCGGAAGGAGGGUGGUGUGACGCAUCGCAGAGCAGAGCAAUUUCUUCGAGGUGGACCCGCUGGUGGCGGAGCUGCCCCUCGUCGGCGCACUCUACGCCUGGUCCGCGCGCCUCGCCCUGCUACCCACUGUGAGCCCCUGGCCGCCCCUCCCCAUGGUGCUUGA